GUAUUGAAAGUUAUGUCUGUCAGAUUGAAAUUCUCCGCAUAAAGCUGCAUGUACUCCAACACUUCUCUACCAGAGAAAUGAGUCCCGGUAAUUUGAGGAGGGAAAUCCUUAUAUGAGAGGAAGUAUUUAGGAACAAUAGUAGUGAGAUCAUGAUAAAUAGAUUCUUGAGCGUGACCAUAUUGCUCAUAAAACUGAUCUGUUUCUGAGGUGUCUGAAUCACACUUAUCUGAGUAGACCCAGAGGCCUCCGAGUUGAUCUUUCAUUUCAAAUCAUUUACAAUCUGCAAUAUCUUGUAAAUGCCUUAAAGCAACAAGGCCUGUGGGGCCUGCCCCAAUAAUGCAUACUUUUGGCUUAUCGAUUUCCAUUUUAAUUGAUGGUAGUCUUUA